UGCUUUACAAAAAUAAUAUUAGAAGACCUUUGUUAUUAAAAUUUGAAAAUAACUAUUUAAACGUUUUACUUUUGCAUGAACAAAGCCUUGUUUUGUAUAAUAGUUAAAAAUGAACUCUUAAAACCAAAAGAAUGCAAUGAUACCCUAUUUACGUGUGACAUUCACAUGUAUUGUUGAUAUACAUACAUGGUAUAUCGUCCUGUAAACAAGUUAAUACAUGUAUUUACAUAAUCUAUUUCAUUUCAUAAUAUAUAGCAAUCAUUGAGAUAGGUUAUGAUUCGUAAUUGAAUAUAACAUAAUCAAUGAACAAUUCAUUGAUGAGGUAAAUAAAAAACGUAUGAUUGGUCUUUUAAACACCCUGCAGAAUUUAAAUAUUCUCGAGAAUCUUCAAUCUUGGAGAGUUUUAUUUUCUUAAAUUAUUAACAUACAUAUCUAAUACGCUGUCGGUUACUCAUCGUUGGUACUUGCUCUUUAUAAAUAUUUCCAACAUGAAGGAAAAGAUGAGAACUUACGUCAAACGCAGCAUAUAAAUUGAAAAUACUCGAUAAUUUCGGCACGUGCGUGAAAUGAAUUUCUGAAGCAUGUUAACGACAAUGUUAUAAGUUCCAAAUAUCGACGAUCCAUUGAUUUGACGUUCUACUCGGAUAUUUAUCAUCAUGUUGUCGCGAAAGAACAAAGAUCUAAGGACAAUCAAAGAGGGUGUAGUUGGGAAAUACGUUAAAAAGGAAACUCCACCUGAAAUGCCAAUUAUCAAUGUAUGGACCACAGAACCGAAUAGAAGAACAAGAAAUCGUAAUAAUCAUCAAACUAUUUCAACAUCAAUGUCUAUCCCACAACAACCUAGCAUGGUACAGAAAUUUGGCAACGCUAAAACAACAAUGAGCGCUGUAGGUUUGGGAAGUCACGAGGGAAAGUAUACUCCGAAUAGUUCUGUGCCAGACUUAGCCCAGAGAUUUGCCAGUCUUUCAGUUAAUACUAGUACAAGAGAUGGAUUGCCAUCUCGUACAGCGACUCCGAUGUAUCAUUCCAGACUUUCGCCUGCUAUAUCUCAUACUUAUGUUAAUCAGUACGCUGGAUCCGAGUACCAUUUAGAUAGGGUUCAAACGCCGCAAAUGCCUUAUAAACCUUUCGACAUUGAUUCUGGUUAUGAAGAAUAUAAUCAUUCCGUUUAUCGUCAAAAUACAGGAUACAGUCGAUGCCACUCGGAAAGAUCGAGUUCUAGAAACGAACAACAAGAAGAACUUCCUUUACCCCCUGGAUGGUCCGUUGAUUUUACUCUUAGGGGUAGGAAGUAUUACAUAGAUCAUAAUACAAAGACCACUCAUUGGUCUCAUCCCCUCGAAAAGGAGGGUUUACCCACAGGUUGGGAAAGAAUAGAAUCCCCAGAAUAUGGUGUUUAUUAUGUUAACCAUAUCACGCGACAAGCUCAGUAUGAGCAUCCGUGUUAUCCCCAUGAAAUCCAAGCAGUACGCGUUGUAGCACCCCCGCGUCACACGCACUUUCACUCCCAUAGUGUCUUAGUCCCUGCUAAUCCGUAUCUGAAUGAAGAAAUACCUCACUGGUUGUAUGUAUAUAGUAGAGCAUCGGUAGCGUUAGAUCGUAAAUUACGGUGGGAGCUCUUUCGUCUACCCGAACUCGAUUGUUUCAAUGCCAUGCUUACAAGAUUGUACAAACAAGAAUUGGAGGAAGUAGUCAUGCGCUACGAAGAGUACAGGUCAGCUUUAUUAUGCGAAAUGGAACAAAGGUUAAAGGAAUUGAAUCCAGAAACUUCGAAUUCCUUGUCAGGAGCAAUCGCUUUACGACAGUCUCUUCCUUGAGUAAAAUUUGAUUAAAUCGAGAAGAACAGUUUAAAUUGCCUUACCUUUUACACAUUGAGAAGAGUUCCUGAAUGAAUUUGACCAAGAUAUUCUCAUAACUGUAUUUGUGAAUAGUAUGAGCUUAAUGGAAUUUUAUUUUUUUUUAAUCUAUUUUAAUAUGUAUUAAUCAAUAAACUAGCUUAAAUUUUAAAUAUUAAACUAUCAUUAUGCUAUA